AGCAGCUCCCGGCGGGGGGCGCGGGCGGGGACGGCCCCUGCGCGCUGCUGCCGGCCGAGGCGCUGGCGCUGGACGGGGACGAGGACGACCUGGAGGUGUUCAGCAAGGAUGCCUCCCUGAUGGACAUGAACUCUCUGAGCCCCACCAUGCCCACGUCCCCCUUGUCGAUGAUCAACCAGGUCAAGUUCGAGGACGAGCCAGACCUGAAAGAUCUCUUCAUCACGGUGGACGACCCCGAGAGCCACGUCACCACCCUGGAGACCUUCGUCACCUACAGGGUGGCCACCCAGGCUGCCGUGCGGCAUCGCCUUGCGCCGCUCCCUCCGCAGACGUCCCGCGGGGAGUUCGACUCCAGCGAGUUCGAGGUGCGGCGCCGGUACCAGGACUUCCUGUGGCUGAAGGGGAGGCUGGAGGAGGCCCACCCCACGCUGAUCGUCCCGCCGCUGCCGGAGAAGUUCGUGGUGAAGGGCGUGGUGGAGCGCUUCAACGACAGCUUCAUCGAGACGCGCCGACGGGCCCUGAGCACCUUCCUGACCCGGGUCGCCGACCACCCGACCCUCACCUUCAGCGCGGACUUCAAAGUCUUCCUCACCGCGCCCGACGGGGAGCUGUCGGCGCACAAGAAGCAGGGCCCGGGGCUGCUGAGCAAGGUGGGCCGGACGGUGCGGGCCGCCGCCCUGGCCCUGAGGGGCGUGCGGGGCCGCCCCGAGGAGUUCGAGGCGAUGAGCGGCUUCAUCGAGGCCUUCAGCCAGAAGAUGGGGCUCCUCGACAAGGUCUCCCAGCGGAUCUGCAAGGAGGAGCGGGAGUACGUGGACGAGAUGAAGGAGCUCGGCCCCACCCACGCCCUGUGGGCCGAGCUGGAAGACGACCUGGCGGACACGCUGGGCGGCGUGGCCAGCUGCCUGGACCGGUGCUGCCAGGCCACCGAGCGGCGCCUGCGCGGCCUGGCCGAGGCCCUGCUGCCCGUCCUGCACGAGUACGUGCUCUACGGCGAGAUGCUGACGGGCGUCAUGAAGCGGAGGGACCACAUCCAGGCGGAGCUGGAGUCCAAGGUGGAAGCUCUGACCUACAAGAAGGCGGACACGGAGCUGCUCCGGGAGGAGGUCGGGAAGCUGGAGGACAAGCUGGAGUGCGCCAACACCGCGCUGAGGGCCGACUGGGAGCGCUGGAGGCAGAGCAUGCGCCUGGACCUCACGUCCGCCUUCGCCGCCUCGGCCGAGCGGAACGUCCGCUACUACGAGCAGUGCCUUGCCACGUGGGAAUCCUUCCUGGCCACACAGAGCGACCUCUACGCCAAAGAGCCCCCUGAGGACAAGCCUUAGUCCGCGGCCGCCGGCUUCAGUGGCCCCGGAGAGACCCAUCGCCUGGCCAAGUGGUUCCCUCGGGAUGGCUGUGUCCAGCAGGGGACGGAGAGCGUUCCCUUCGGUCUGGGAUGCCGGCGGGGGGGAGCUGGGAGCUGGGAGCUCAGAUGGCUGGCGUGAAGCGGGGUGUACGUGUAUCGCCCAGUUUCCAUUCCAUUCUUAUGUUGGUGUGCCCACCGUCCGUGAGAUGGAGAAUGCUUUGAGUAUUUGUCCGUGGAACGCGUCAUUCUAAAUAUAUUGUAAAGACGCAAUUUUAAUAAAACGUUUGAUA